AUGGAGAUCCUCUUCGAUAAAAUCCACCAGGAGCAUGCUAAGAAGUAUUCGGACGUUCAACUUACACUGGCUAUCCUUGACACCGAAUUCAAGGCACUAGGUGCAGAGAGUGAAUGGUUCUAUCCUAGUGCCGACAUAUUUGUCAUGAUGGUCAACUGGACGAAAACGGAGAAUUGA